CCUGCCGGGCCGGAAUAAUUCAUGAAGAAGGGGCUGGAUCCGUGGGUCAGAGAACACAGGACCACUUUGCCAUCCCAAGGCAGAAGUCCUCCCUCCAACACAGUCCUCCAAGCUCUUAGACAUCUCUGACACAUCUCGACCAUGAGACCAUGGCUGGCUUUUGGCAGGAUUCAAGGCAUAAACCUGGCACCCUCGAACUAGUUCAUGGAGGAUCCUCAAGAGAUACUGGCUGGGCAAGCUCUCCCCUCCAGAGGAAAGAGCUGUGUGUAGAGGAGGGUGGCUGCCACAGGAGUGGACAUGAAUGCUGGCUUCCAAAGAGAAGAGCGUUUUAGUUUUGGUCACCGGAAGUGGUGCCUUCAGCACAGAAGAAGAGCGUGACUUCUCCUCAACGGCUACUGAUCUACAACACGAGACUAGAGGAGAGAAGAGACCAGAACGGAGCCACUCACAGCAUCCAGUGUGGCUUCUCUUGUGCCAGGACCAGGGAUGACUGGGCCAUGGACACAGACAUCUCCAACUUUCCACAGUCCGUAUAGCACACAGGGAACUCCUGGGGGGCCACUUACCACUGCCAACUGAAAUAAUACAAUGGCAAUAUUGACAUCCUUCAUGAUGUUUUCAAGACAGACAUUCAGGCAGAAAGUGCCGGUGCAUUUUCUGUCUGCAAAGUAGAGGGCCAUGCCUCACCAAUAUGAAUGGUUUGGACCCUGAUGACCUGCUCUGAGUCCACUGACAGCCAGUGACACUUGCAAAAAACACCCAAAGCCGUCUUUGGUUUGGCUUCUGCAGCUCUUGACAAAUGUGGCCAAAGCCAGACACCUCCUUGGGACACUCAGAUUCUCCAUAAAUGCUGCCUUCCCCAACCCUCCCUGAAUAGCAUCUGAAGUCUCUGUGAAGGUCAUGGAUCCUGAACAAAGUGUCAAGGGCACCAAGAAGGCUGAGGGAAGUCCCCGGAAGCGGCUGACCAAAGGAGAGGCCAUCCAGACCAGUGUUUCAUCCAGCACCCCAUACCCAGGCAGUAGCACUGCAGCCACCCAAGAAAGCCCCCUCCAAGAGCUCCUAGUCCCGCAGCCUUUCCCAGGCUCCUCAUCAGUUCUUAGGGAAGGCUCUCAGGAGAAAACAGGCCAGCAGCAGAAGCCCCCGAAGAGAUCCUCCAUCGAAGCCCCCGUCCACAUCUCACAGCUUCCACAGCACCCUCUGACACCAGCAUUCAUGUCACCCGGCAAACCCGAACAUCUCCUGGAGGGCUCCACAUGGCAGCUGGUCGACCCCAUGAGACCUGGGCCCUCAAGCUCCUUCAUGGCCCCUGGGCUUCAUCCACAGAGCCAGCUCCUCCCUUCCCAUGCUCCCAUAAUCCCCCCUGAAGACCUACCUGGCAUCCCCAAAGUCUUUGUGCCCCGUUCCUCCCAGGUCUCAUUGAAGCCUGCAGAAGAGGCACACAAGAAGGAGAAGAAACCCCAGAAGCCAGGCAAGUACAUCUGCCAGUACUGUAGCCGGCCCUGUGCCAAGCCCAGCGUGCUCCAGAAACACAUCCGCUCUCACACAGGCGAGAGGCCCUACCCCUGUGGCCCCUGCGGCUUCUCCUUCAAGACCAAGAGUAACCUCUACAAGCACAGGAAGUCCCACGCUCACCGCAUCAAAGCCGGUCUAGCCUCGGGAAUGGGUAGCGAGAUGUAUCCCCCAGGCCUGGAGAUGGAGAGGAUCCCUGGGGAAGAGUUUGAAGAGCCCACUGAGGGAGAAAGCACAGAUUCAGAAGAGGAGACGGGCGCUCCAUCCAGUCACCCUACAGAGGUCUCCCCUAGACCUAAGCACCCUCUCCUUUCCAGCAGUCUGUAUAGCUCUGGGAGCCAUGGUUCCAGCCAUGAACACUGUUUCUUGUCCCAGUCCAGCACAUCCCAGUCCCUCGAGGACCCCACUCCAUUUGCAGAACCCUCAUCUGAACACCCCUUGAGCCAUAAACCUGAGGACACCCACACAAUAAAACAGAAGUUAGCCCUGCGCUUAAGUGAGAGGAAGAAGGUGAUUGAUGAGCAGGCUUUUCUGAACCCGGGCAGCAAAGGGAGCACUGAGUCUGGCUAUUUCUCUCGCUCUGAGAGUGCUGAGCAGCAGGUCAGCCCCCCAAACACCAAUGCCAAGUCCUAUGCUGAGAUCAUCUUUGGCAAGUGUGGGCGGAUCGGGCAGCGGACCACCAUGCUGACCUCCACCUCGACCCAACCCCUGCUUCCCCUGUCCACUGAAGACAAGCCCAGUCUGGUGCCUUUGUCUGUGCCUCGGACCCAAGUGAUUGAGCACAUCACGAAGCUCAUCACCAUCAAUGAGGCUGUGGUGGACACCAGUGAGAUCGACAGCGUGAAGCCCAGGAGGAGCUCGCUGUCGCGACGUAGCAGCAUGGAGUCUCCCAAGUCCAGCCUCUAUCGGGAGCCCCUGUCAUCCCAUGGUGAGAAAAUGAAGCCGGAACAAUCACUGCUGAGCCUCCAGCACCCCCCCAACACCACCCCCCCUGUGCCUCUCCUGAGAAGCCACUCAAUGCCUUCUGCUGCCUGCACUAUCAGUACCCCCCACCCCACCUUCCGAGGGAGCUACUCCUUUGAUGACCAUAUCACCGACUCCGAAGCCCUGAGCCGCAGUCACGUGUUUACCUCCCACCCUCGGAUGCUGAAACGCCAGCCGGCAAUUGAACUACCUUUGGGAGGCGAGUAUAGUUCCGAGGAGGCUGGACCAAGUAGCAAAGACACAGCCUCCAAACCUGCAGAAGAACCAGAACCCAAGGAAAGUGAACUCACCAAAAAGACCAAGAAGGGUUUGAAAACUAAAGGGGUCAUCUAUGAAUGUAACAUAUGUGGUGCUCGGUACAAGAAAAGGGAUAAUUAUGAAGCCCAUAAAAAGUACUAUUGCUCAGAGCUUCAGAUCACAAAGCCCGUCUCCGCAGGUGCUCACACAUCCUCGGAAGCCGAAAAGAGUCAGGCUGAGCAUGAGCCCUGGUCCCAGAUGAUGCAUUAUAAGCUGGGGACCACCUUGGAACUUACUCCACUGAGAAAGAGGCGGAAAGAGAAAAGCCUGGGGGACGAGGAAGAACCAUCUGCCUUUGAGUCGACUAAAGGUCAGUUUGGCAGUCCCGGGCCAUCAGAUCCUGCUCGGAACCUUCCCCUUGAGUCCACCAAGUCACCAGCAGAACCAAGUAAAUCAGUGCUCUCCUUGGAGGGAUCCACGGGCUUCCAGCCAAGGACUCCCAAGCCAGGGUCCAGUUCAGAAUCAGGGAAGGAGAGGAGAACAACGUCCAAAGAAAUUUCUGUCAUCCAACACACCAGCUCCUUUGAGAAAUCCGACUCGCUCGAGCAGCCCAGUGGCCUGGAAGGGGAAGACAAGUCCCUGGCCCAGUUCUCAUCACCCACACCUGCCCCUCAUGGACGGUCAGCUCAUUCCCUGCAACCCAGAUUGGUCCGCCAGCCCAAUAUUCAGGUUCCCGAGAUCCUGGUGACUGAGGAGCCUGAUCGGCCAGACACAGAACCUGAGCCACCCCCUAAGGAGCCUGAGAAGACAGAAGAGUUUCAAUGGCCCCAGCGCAGCCAGACACUUGCCCAGCUGCCAGCUGAGAAGCUGCCACCCAAGAAGAAGAGACUGCGCCUGGCAGAGAUGGCCCAGUCAUCUGGGGAGUCCAGCUUUGAGUCCUCUGUGUCCCUGACUCGCAGUCCAAGCCAAGAAAGCAGUGUCUCUCUGAGUGGGUCCAGCCACUCAGCCUCAUUUGAGAGGGAAGACCAUGGAAAAGCAGAGGCCCCUGGGCCCUCAUCUGACCCACGCUCCAAGCCAUUGGGCACCCACAUGCUGACUGUCCCCAGCCACCACCCACACUCCCGAGAGAUGCGCAGGUCAGCCUCAGAGCAGAGCCCCAACAUAUCGCAUUCUGCCCAGAUGACCGAGACACGCAGCAAAUCAUUUGACUACGGCAGCUUGUCCUUGGCAGGCCCUUCCACACCAGCCCCAGUGGCUCCUCCAGCUCCAGCAGCUCCUUCAGAAAGAAGAAAAUGCUUUUUGGUGAGACAGGCCUCUCUCAACAGGCCUCCAGAAACAGAGCUGGAGUCAGUCCCCAAAGGAAGACAGGAGAGUGAAGAACCACAGCCCUCAUCCAGUAAAUCAUCUCCUAAAAGCUUGUUGCCCCAGAUUUCCUCAGCAGCCACCUCACGCAGUGGGCACCCAGGAGGCAAGAGCCAGGUGCAAGACAGACCACCGCUGGGAUCCACUCCACCCUACACAGAAGCGUUACAGGUGUUCCACCAACCCAUUGCCCAACUGCCCUUGCAUGAAAAACCAUACUUGCCCCCUCCAGUCUCCCUUUUCUCCUUCCAGCACCUUUUGCAGCAUGAGCCAGGACAGCCUUCAGAAUUCUUCUCCACCCAGGCCAUGUCCAGCCUCCUGUCCUCACCGUAUUCCAUGCCCCCACUUCCUCCCUCCUUGUUUCAUCCCCCACCACUUCCUCUCCAACCUACUGUUCUGCACCCAAGCCAACUCCACCUCCCCCAGCUCAUGCCUCACCCUACCAACAUCCCCUUCCGGCAGCCCCCUUCAUUUCUCCCUAUGCCAUACCCAGCCUCCUCAGCACUCUCUUCUGGGUUUUUCCUGCCUCUGCAAUCCCAGUUUGCCCUUCAGCUCCCUAGUGAUGUGGAAAGCCAUCUUCCCCAGGUCAAAACUAGCCUGGCCCCACUGGCAUCAGAAACAGCUGGCCUCUCCCCCAGCACAGAGUACAGCAGAGACAUCCAACUGCCCCCUGUGCCUCCCCCAGCGAGCUCUUCAGCACCCACAUCAGCACCUCUGCUUGUCCUGCCCACCUGUCCAGACACCAUGGUGUCUCUGGUUGUGCCCGUCCGCAUUCAGACCAACAUGCCGUCCUAUGGGAGCGCGAUGUACACUACCCUCUCCCAGAUCUUGGUCACCCAGUCUCAAGGCAGCUCAGCAACUGUGGCUCUUCCCAAGUUUGAGGAACCCCCAUCCAAAGGGAUAACUGUGUGUGGGGUAGAUGUGUAUGAGGUUGGUCCCAGACUGGCUGGAGUAAGUGAAGAACAAAGCAGAGGUUUCCUGACUCCAUACCUGAGAGUGCCUGUGACAUUACCAGAAAGAAAAGGCACUUCCCUGUCAUCAGAGAGCAUCUUGAGCCUGGAGGGGAGUUCAUCAACAGCAGGGGGAAGCAAACGUGUCCUGUCACCAGCUGGCAGUCUUGAACUUACCAUGGAAACCCAGCAGCAAAAAAGGGUGAAGGAAGAGGAGGCUUCCAAGGCAGAUGAAAAACUAGAACUAGUAAAACCAUGCAGCGUGGUGCUUACCAGCACAGAGGAUGGGAAGAGACCAGAGAAAUCCCACUUAGGCAGCCAGAUCCAGGGCAGGAAGGAGCUGGAAACACUGUCCAGUCUAUCCUCAGAUCCAUCUGACCCAAAGGAAAUUCCUCCCCUUGCUCACCCUACAUUGCCUCAUGUAACAGCCCCAGGCUCCGAAGCUUUGAAGGAAUAUGCCCAGCCAUCUAGCAAACCUCAUCGCAGAGUGUUGCCCACACUGAGUGUAAAGAAGGAAGAUUCCAAGGAACAACCUGACCUCCCUCCACAGAUGCCCCCCAGCUCGCUGCCUCUGUCAGAAACGUCCCCCAGACCAGCCAAGUCUCAAGAAGGUAUGGACUCAAAGAAGGUACUGCAGUUCCCCAGCCUCCACACGACCACUAAUGUCAGUUGGUGCUAUUUAAACUACAUUAAGCCAAAUCACAUCCAGCAUGCAGAUAGGAGAUCCUCUGUUUACGCUGGUUGGUGCAUAAGUUUGUACAACCCCAACCUUCCAGGGGUUUCCACUAAAGCUGCUUUGUCCCUCCUGAGGUCUAAGCAGAAGGUGAGCAAAGAGACAUACACCAUGGCCACAGCUCCGCAUCCUGAGACAGGAAGGCUUGUGCCAUCCAGCUCCUGCAAGCCCCGCAUGACAGAGGUUCACCUCCCUUUGCUGGUUUCCCCAGAAGGCCAGAAAGAUACAGCUAGAGUGGAAAAGGAAGAAGAGAAACGAGGGAAGCCGGAGGAGGACGCUCCUGCCUCCAAGAGAGGGGAGCCGACGAGGAUCAAAAUCUUCGAAGGAGGGUACAAAUCAAACGAAGAGUAUGUAUAUGUGCGAGGCCGCGGCCGAGGGAAAUAUGUUUGUGAGGAGUGUGGAAUUCGCUGCAAGAAGCCCAGCAUGCUGAAGAAACACAUCCGCACCCACACUGACGUCCGGCCCUAUGUGUGCAAGCACUGUCACUUUGCUUUUAAAACCAAAGGGAAUCUGACUAAGCACAUGAAGUCAAAGGCCCACAGCAAAAAGUGCCAAGAGACAGGGGUGCUGGAGGAGCUGGAAGCCGAAGAAGGAACCAGUGACGACCCGUUCCAGGACUCGGAAGGGCGAGAGGGCUCAGAGGCUGUGGAGGAGCACCAGUUUUCAGAUCUGGAGGACUCAGACUCAGACUCGGACCUCGAUGACGAUGAGGAGGAGGACGAGGAGGAGAGUCAGGACGAACAGUCUGGACCAUCCUCGGAGGCACCCCUGCCCGGCCCACCAGCCACGCUUCAGGCAGACUCCUCACCCGAGCAGGGCCCUCAGCCCCCAGAUGCCCCCUCUGGUGACCGGGCUGUGCAGGGCACCUUGGUCUCGGAAGCUGAGCACUUGGCAGCCAGCACUGGCUCCACAUCCAGCCAGAGCAUCCCGUGCCUCCCCUGGCUGGGGCCAGCCCCUCCCGGCCCCAUGGAGAGGGACACAGGCUCAGCCCUGAGCUCCAAGGCUGUGUUGCCGAGAAGGCCAUGGUCCCCGAGCAAAGAAGUGGGCAGCCGCCCACCACUGGCUCGCAAACACCCACUCAUCAAAAAUGACUCGUCUCCCCAGCGAUAUUCACCGGCCCGAGAACCGCAGGCCUCAGCCCCCAGCCCGCCUGGCCCCCAGAUCAGCCCAGGGAGGGACAUGGGCCCUCUCCCUUGUGGGUCCCCAAGACUCAAGCUAUCUCCUCUCAGCCCCAGCCCCCUGCGAAGAGAACUGCCCCCUCGAGCACAUCUGCCCCCAGAGCACGAGGGCUCCACAGACCCAGGCCCUCCCACACACUCACCCACCAGGAGAUGGUCCCCAAGUCAGGCCGAGUCACCGCCAAGGCCAGCGCUGCCAGGGAAGUGGGCCUCGGCGCCACCGGGCAGCUCCGCAGCAGGCGAGCACAGCUCAGGCUUGGGGCUGGCCCCGCCAGCUCUCCUUGCGCCCGUGCCUCUACCUCACAAGCUUCUCAGCAGAAGCCCGGAGACUGGCGCCUCCCCCUGGCAGAAGUCCAAGUCCCGAAGUCCCUCCUGCUCACCUGGCCCCGCUCAUCCUCUCUCCUCCUGGCCCUUCUCCACCUCUCACGACUUCCACAGCCACAUCCCAGCCCGGACAGAGGAGAACAUCUUCAGCCACCUCCCUCUACACUCCCAGCACUUGACCCGUGCCCCGUGCCCCUUGAUUCCCAUUGGUGGGAUCCAGAUGGUGCAGGCGCGGCCGGGGGCCCACCCCACCCUGCUGCCAGGACCCACUGGGGCCUGGGUCAGUGGCUUCUCUGGGGGUGGCAGCGACUUGACUGGGGCCCGGGAGGCCCAGGAGCGAGGCCGCUGGAGUCCCACUGAGAGCUCGUCAGCCUCCGUGUCCCCUGUGGCCAAGGUGUCCAAGUUCACGCUCUCCUCGGAGCUGGAGGGCAGGGACUGUCCCAAGGAACAGGAGAGGACGAGUGGGGGCAUGGGAAGACCUCCCGACUGGGAGCCUUCAGAGCCGACACCCACAGACAGGCCCUACACCCCACCCGAGGCCUUGCCCCGGCCACCCCACGGCCGCCAGGCUGAGCAGACCUGGAGCCCCCGCUUGGAGUCACUGCGCACUUUCCCCAACCCCAAGACCUCCGCCACCCCACCACUGGACCGCAGCAGCUCAGUGGGCUGCCUGGAGGAGGCCUCCACACGCUUCCCAACUCGGAGGAGGAACCUUUCUGGGGAACCCAGGACCAGUCAAGGCUCCCCCAAGGGAGCACACAGGGCGCCUCCAGAUCAGCCCGAGGACAGGGGUGCCCCAAGCACGUAGUCUCUCUCCACCACUUCAGCAUCUGGCUCCCGGUGUUCCGGCAACAGACGUUUCCAGCCAACUUCCUCGAAACACCUUGCUCUCAUGGGCCUCUUUCCCAUCUGUCCAUCUGUCCAUCUGUCCAAGCAGCUUCUGCUCAGACCCUCAUCUGUUUUAUCUUUCAUGUAUGCAGUUACCUGUGCCUUUUUCUAUACCUUUUGUUGCUUGAAAAGAAACAACACACACACAUAAAACACCCCACGAGGAGGAGGAGGCUGUGAACAUUUUGUACUUUUUCGGCAAAGGGUGUAGGUAGAGCCUCACCCUCUGCUGCGGUCGGCAGCCCCCCACCCGAGGCCUGUCAAGUGGCAGCCAUUUGCUGAGGAAAAGGGGCUGCAUGGAGGGGAGGAGAAAAAACAAAAGAAACUUUAAAAAACAUAAUAAUUCAAUAUAAAAGCCAACGCUCCUAUGUACAG